AUGGAAAUGUCAAUUUCAUUUUAUAAUUUAUAUUAUAGGCCUAGUGUUUGUUUUCUGUUUUGUUGUUUUGGUUUGGUUCUGCUCUAGGCUAAGUGUACCUAUAACCUUGCAAGAGAAAUUGAGCUUAACUUUAUGUCUAAAGUUUUGUUUUGAAUUCAUUUAUUUGGCUUGGUUAUUAUUUUACCGUCAUUAAGUCAUGUGCUACAAUCUAAAUGUAGCUACUGCAUUAAAAUUAGGUGGAUUAAGAUUAAGCGGUCUAGGUUUGUGUAGUAUGAGUAAUGCACUUUCAUCAGCUCUAUUUUUGAACUUUUCAACAUUUUUAAAUGCAAGUGCAAAUUUAAAUAAACGUUUGGUAGUUUUAGGAGAAAGUGUUGUCAGAGGUAAAUAUUUGACCAGUAAAACUAAAUUUUACAAUACUGCUGCUACUAGUGAAGAAGUAGGCCUAAAUGAGGCAUCGGCUCCCAAAUUGACCAAGGAGACUGCGAACUCCUUAGUUAUGAAAUUGACUGAUGAAGAGAGGACAACUUUAUUGAAUACAUUGCAGCAAUUUGAAUCCGAACAGUUGAAAGCCAAUUAUAAGGGUAGGCUACAGUACAAACCAAGGCAGCUAGCAGCUUUCCGAUGGCGAACAAAAUUGGGACGUCCAAGUAAAGUUCCUGGGCUAGGAGAUGUAGAUCCUACUGGGUCCUACUGUCCUGUACCUGAAGAUUGGCUUCUGAAAAAAUAUGCGGAAACUGUGCCAAAGCCUACAGGACCUCAGUUGGUUGUUGUUGCUAUUCACAAUGCUGUUCCUUUCAUUGGGUUUGGAUUUUUGGACAACUUCCUGAUGAUCAUUUGUGGGGACUACAUCGAACUGAUGCUCGGAUCGUUCAUGGUCAUUUCUACCAUGGCUGCUGCGGCACUAGGUAACACCAUGGGGGAUGUUUUAGGCCUAUGUUGUGCUGGAACAGUCGAGUCACUUGCUACCAAAAUUGGUGUCAAAGCUCCACAACUUUCCCCUAUCCAGCUGAAUAUGAAAUCUUCUCGGCUAGUAUCUAAUGUUGGACGCGGAAUUGGAGUGACAAUUGGAUGUUUGUUAGGGAUGAUACCUUUGCUAUUUAUGAACAACAAAGACGACAAAGAUAAAAAAAAUAAGGAUAAAGAAACUCCUAACACAGAAGAGUAAAUCAAAUUGUACAAAAUACUUGUUUCAAUAUUUAUUUAAUGUUAUUUAAGUCUCGCCAUAUUGUUUACAAACAUGCAGUACAGUAUUUAGGUGUCAUUAUUCUAUGCACAUUAGUUCCAUAUUAUUAUACAACAUUUAACAGUCUGUCCAUGUACUGCCUGCUGUGUUGGUAUUGCCUUUGAAGUUUAAAAUAUGCGAUGUAGAAUAGAAGACUUAUAGCUGAAAGUGCUUUAUUGAAAUUUCCAAACAGCAGUUAGAGUUAGCACAAUAAUUAUGAGUUCACUUUUGAUAUACCGUAGUAGGCGAUAAUGAUAUUUACCACGGUACAGACGGGAUGAAACUGAAUAUCAUAUACAUAAAUCAGUGUUGUGAUUUCUUAAAGAAAUUAACUGUCAAAUAGAUUUUUAGUUAAAUUUAAUGUUUGGAGAUAUUGUUUUAAAUUGCAUAGUUAUAAAACAGGACCAAUCUUUAACAUAGAUACAUCACAUUUACAUUUGAGUGAGACUUAAUUCAAUUGAAAAGUUUGUACUGAAACUCUAGAUUAAGUCAAGUAAACUUUGUUUUUUAUUAUUUACUUACUGUUUAUGUAAGUUGCAGCAACUUAUCGUUGUGGCAAUAGUUUAUUUAAUUUAAUAGACUUGUUUUAGUGACAACUGGAUGCCAACUUACAAGCUUAAUCUUUAUUAAAAAUAUUUAAUAAAAUUGAAAAUAUGUAUUGUUUUUUUUUUCAAGAUUUUUGGAGGACAACUCUGAAUCACAAUAUUAAUUAUGUACUGUUGUCUGUCUUCCAAAUGAGUUAGGUCUGUUUUAUUUGUAAUUUUGGUAUUAAAAAUACUACUCAAGUAAGGAAGUGGUUUGUACUUCUACCAUAACAAAGUGUAGGUGAAGAGUUGUAUGCAUCAAAUUUUUGAACUCAUGAUACAAACACCAAUAUUACAGUUCUCCAAGUUGGCUAGUCAUGUUUUCUCUUAUUGCCUCUUCUUGUUAUUUGCUGUAAAAGUGUUUUUCUGUAAAUUGUAUUUAUAAAUUGUGUUUUUUUCUUUGUACAUUAUUGUAAUUAGUUUUAGACACUCAAUUUAUCAAACUAGCAAUUCAAGACAAUACUGUUGGUGUUAUGAAAAAUAAAUUAGUGUUAAUUACAUUUCAUUACAGUAAACAUAUCAAAUUUUGAAAAUAAUAACAGGCAAUCAGCCGAUACGUUAAUGAAACUUCAUGCUUUGCUCUAUCUCUAUCCAAUGCCAUAUAAAUCUGUUCUUUUAUUUUAAGCCCACUACAUAUUUUAUUUCAGCUCUAAAACUUGUAUAAUUUGGCUAUGACUGGGUCAAUUAGGUAUGAGCAAUGUAAUUAUAUUGUAAUAAUAUAAAAUGUUAUCAUGCUUUAUACUGUACAGGGUGUUUUUUUUUUAUACAACUCAAAUAGUUACUGUUUUGAGACACAUUUUAACCAAAAAACCAGAUUAUAUGUUUGUAUUCCUGUUUACGUUACUUCAAUGCCGAUCUGCAUUAUUGCACAGAUAUCUAUGACGUUUAGUGUUAUUGGUAAUUUAUUGUAAAUAAGACUCAAUGUGAUAUUUUCACAAGCUCAAAUAGAGUAUAUGUACCUUUAUGCAAAAUUCCCAUAUAGGAAAUAAGCUACAGUAGAACCUUGAUAAUCCGAUCUCCGAUGGUCCGACUCCACGCUUAGUCCGACCGUGCCGCCUACACAAUAGGCUUCCGCUAACAUAACUUCAUUGUGCAAGAAAAAUACCUAAAAAAAAUUAUAAAUUGUGUUUUUUUUAGCGAAUUUUCUAUAUAGGGAAUAAGCUAUUACCGUAGUACUCAUGGUAAGACCUGGACGCGGGACCGAUUUUUUUUUUUUUUCAUUUUGAGGUCCCUAGAGGCCAAAAACACCAUCCGUUCAAAUUCAUAUAUAUACUCAUAUGAACUAUGCACUCAGCAUAGCAACGCUAGUGGCGCUGCCUACGAAUUGACAGGCAAAGCUCUCUCAAAGUACGCUUUUUACUAUGCGGUUGGCAUCCUGGGUUAUAGUAGUAUGUUUUCUGUGCUAAUGGUUGCGGAGAAAAUACCAAAAAAUUGUAAAUGUACAAGUCAGAAAUUAUUCAGGAAGAGACAAGUGGGCCUUGGGAACAGUUGAAAUUAAAGAUGGUAAUCUUCAUUAUUACGUUAGAAUGGAUGAUGGUCAAACUUGGAGGCGACACGUCGACCAGAUGCUACGCACAAAACUUUAAGGGGGGGACCAUUAAAAUUCCCAUGUUAUUCUUAUGAAGAACUAGCAGAGUACCCGUCCUUCGUACGGGGUUGGUAUAUAAGUAUAAAAUACUUAUUGCAGUUGUACUCAAGCUUUGCGUUUGCAAUAAGGGAGGACACAGUUUGAUAAAAUUGUAUUCUUUAAAUUUACUGUAUACUAUAGUAUUACACAUCUACCAUAGCCGUAACUUAAUUUAACAAACCUAAACAAUCACCUAAACAAUGGAGAAAAAUAAAUUUAUUUUUAUUAAUUAUUAAAAAUUUGCAAAAUAUCACAAAUGAUUCAUGAAAUUAAAAAUAUAAACAUAACUGUACGGUACUUUCCUGUUAUCUGGUACCUGCGAAAAAAUUCUUGCCUGUUAUCUGGUACCUGGUUGUACUUUGGUUAGGUUAGUUUAUCAAUAACAUGAGUAUUGUAAGUAAACAAACCUAACCUAACCUAAACGGUAGUAUGUGCUCCGGACUCUGGAUCGACGAAGUUGUACUUGUGGUUAAAGUUAAAGAAUUUUUUCGCAGGUACCAGAUAACAGGAAAGUACCAAAAAUCCUACUUUUACAGUUCUCAUUGCAUCUCACAGUUUUUUGGUACUCUUAAGAUCAAAUUAGCUGUUUUCAUAAAUGAAAAAAAUAAUAGUGCUGCACCCUGUUGGUAAAUCUUAUAACUUAUUAAUGUUUUUGCAGAUCAUAGAACCAACUUUUUUAGUUGAAACAGCUGACAAAUCCUUUAAUUACCUUUAAAUAUGAAUACUCAUAAGGUUAACAUGGGGAACUACAGAGCCACUGGGGCGGAGCCUGAAAGGAUUUUUGUGAUAAGAAUAUACCUAUAUGUUAAUCGGUAAUGUGAGCUAUUAUCAUGCCAAAUUUCAGCCAAAUCCGCCCAGUAGUUAAUGCGUGAUAGAACUUCAAACAAACAAACACACAAACUUUCACAUUUAUAAUAUUAUUAAGAUAAGUAAACUGUUGUAGUUUGCUUGUUUGAAGUGAACAUAUUUUGAUCAAUUUGCAAAAUGUUUUUAUUAGGUACUUAACUAUUAACAUUUUACAAAAAAAAAACAGUUUUACCCUCCCUGAUGCUGCAAACCUAAGUACUUGUUAAACUAAUUCUAUUCAAAUAGGGAAUAAAUGUUAUAUUUUUAAGUAGACAUUUUAGUGUAAAUCCAAUCAGGCAAAUGGAAAUUCGCUUAGUCUGCAGGUUUGCUGCUGCGGGGGUAUUAGUCUAAUGUGUUGAAAUUUUGUUUUAUAUUUAACUAUUUCUGCCCAUUAUUUAUAUGCAGUAGGCUCCCACAUUAUUGUUUUUACUUUGGAAGUAGCCAAUAUAAGAACAGGAAUAGGCCUAUAUGUUAACCAGGUAUAUAAGAUACCUUCAUACAAAGUUUUAUUUAAAUCGGAUCGGUGGUUCUUGUGUUAUUGAGUAGCAGACACACACACUAUCUCAAUUUAGCAAAUUUCCCAUAUAGGGAAUAAGCUAUUACCGUAGGUCUCAUAUUGGUAAGACUUAGACUCUGGACCAAUUUACUUUUUUGUUUUUGAGGUCCCCAGGGGCCAAAAACAGACCCAUUCAAAUUCAUAUGUCACAUAUGUGACAUGAUAUGAUUCAUAUGAUUCAUAUGUCAUAGGGUGAGUUUCUACUGAGCGUGUUUACUUCGCUAGUAGGUUCUACUCACUAAAAGGAACAAAAAAGUUCCUAUAAACCCAUGUCAGAUUUUUUUCCGUUUGGCUCGUAAUAGGGAGUUUUGUGUUUUUCUUAUUUCAUUAGACUUUGCUCCACAAUUUAUGCAAUAAAAACAAAACAAAAUACUUAAGAGAGUUAUAGUUAAAACCAUUGGAAAGAAUUUUAAAUUUGCUAUAAAUCAAAGGUUUCAUGCAACAAUUAUACCAUUACAUAGUCCGCUUUGUAUCCAAAAUAAAGUAAAAUUACACUAAAUUAAUUAAUUAUGUAAAUUUAUAUGACCCCACUUUAAUACAUAAACCUACAUCUAUGCAAUGUUUAAAUGCAUAAAAAACUUGGGCCAUUUAAUAAUCCUUUCAAAUGAUAUGCUAUUCAAUACUAUUAUUGAUAGUAGUAACCAAUGAGAAAUUACUAGUAGACUGCAAUAAAACACGGUCUACAUAUUUAGCUUUGGCAGCGUUCUUACUAAAGAAUUUACAGAUGUCAUAUUUUCUAAAAUAGCUUAUAUGAAUUCCAUAACAAUAAAAGUAGUUUAAAUUAAUUUUUGUUAAACUUAUUUGCAAUUAAUCUAAUUAUUCAUAAAUUAUUUGUUGUAAUUGAAUAGUUUAAAUUCCAUGUUGUAAUGAAAAUAAAUAAAAGCAAUACAUAAAAUAUUUCAAUACCGUAGGCCAUUAUCUAUAAUAAAACUAGUCUCGAUUGAUGUAAGGUUAAUAAAACCCUAACAAAACUCCUAUACCCUAAUUUAAUACUCCUAAAAUAACAGUAUUUAAAAUCAAAAUAUGUACUAGGUACAGUGUUGUUAUUAAAAAAUUUAAAUAUAGAAUUUAAAAAAGAAAGAUAAAAAAAUGUAAAUACCUUAAAAAUGUAUGAAACUAGCAUGUUUUAUAUCUAUUGUUUUAUUAACAGUCAAUAUAAAUUUGCUAGGAAAGAUUCCCUUUUCGGUCAAACAUCGAUGAACACGAUAAAAGUACUUGCAUUGGGUAAUCGUCUGUUAGGAAACCGUCUACUAUGCUCACAACGGCUUUCCGCCACAUUGCCGGAACAGUAACCAUAUACAAAGUGUAUAUCAGCGUACUCUUGAUUGGUAAAAGGUUCCAUAUUAUAAUCAAUGUUUAAAAACUCCUAAUUGACUUGGAAACACAAAAUGAAAACAAAUUACUCAACAAUGUAUGUUCAAACAGCUGAGUUAUUUAGCUGGUAAAUGACAAAUCAAUAACUGCUGACUUAAAACAAGUAAAAGGAAAUAUAAUUAAACAGCAUUUAUGAAUCAAACAAACUACAUCUAUAUAUUAAUUUGAAACUGUUUUUCUUUGUCACAGCAAUUUUGAGAGAACGGCUGGGCGUAGAAACUCGGUAGGGGUGUCUAAAGAAAGGUCUUGGUCUGUAGAUGAGCCAUCAAAAGAGAAACAUGGUGAAUACCCUUGGGGCUCUGCCCCCGUGGCCUUUAAAUUCCCAUCCCAUGUUAUUCUUAUGGAGGAAAACGGGGUUUUUGUCACAGCUAAUUUGAAAGAACGGUUGAGCGUAGAAACUUGGUAGGGGUCUCUAAAGAAAGGUCUUGGUCUGUAGAUGAGCCAUCAAAAGAGGAAAGAGGUAAAUACCCUUGGGGCUCUGCCCCAGAAGCCUUUAAAGUUGCCUCUUCAGAUUUGUUUACAUUACGACCAUAUGUAUAAUUCUACACUACUUUCUAAUGCAACAACUGUUAAUAUUUAAGUUGUGAUUUAUUGAAUUUGUCAAAAUGAAGUACAGUAUUUGCAAUGGAUUUUUAUUUUAAAAUUGAUUUUCUUCUGCAUCGUGUCAUGUUUUGCAAUAUAAUGUUCUAUUACCAAAUCAGUGGAAUAUCACAGUAACUUUUGAAAUUAUUUCUUAUGGAGUUAACUUAUAUCUAUUGUAUUGGUUGGUUUCUGCCGUUUUUACCACUUCUUGGAGAUUGUACGUAGGUGAUAUUCUUUGGCAUAUUGCAUCUGUAGACAAAACUUGGGUUGGUGUAAUUAUUACAAUGGAAAAGAGCGAGAAAUCCUGGACAAUUUGAUAUAGGCUAAAAAUAAAACUGAAUUAACACUGUGAUACAUUUUUUGAGCAAUCAUUGAAAUAACCGAUUUGCAAACAAUGGAAACAUAGAAAAAGUCAUAGAACACAACCAAGUAGAAGAAAUAGAAAUAAUGUUUUUUACACUAAAAUCACUAGAAAAAACUAGAUCAGCUUUUUGAAAAAAGAUAAGAUAUUUACAAAAGAUUUUGAUUAUAUCUAACUGUUGUGUAGAUCGUGAGUAUUUCCAUAAUCUUUGAGUCACCUGUAAUGCUUUGCAAUUGCUCGAAUUCGAGCAACAGGUACACUAGUCUUUAUAAAUGCAACAUAACUUGAGUUUAUACAUUUUAUGAAUUUAAUUAAUCAUAAUAUUUUUUUUAUUCAAAUAAUGUACAAAUUGUAUCAGAUUGGUCAAUGAAAUACAAUAUGGAGUAUACAGUAAAUAUUAUUAACAGUAAAAACUCUGAAAAAAAAAUCUUUGGACCGUGUUUUAUUGCAGUUCGUUAGUAAUUUCUCAGUGGUUUCUAUCAAUAAUAGUAUUGAAUAGCAUAUAAUUUGAAAGAUUAUUAAAUGGCCAAGUUUUUCAUGCAUUUGAACAUUGCAUGGAUGUAGGUUUAUGUAUUAAAGUGGGAUCAUAAAAGUUUACGUAGUUAACUAAUUUAAUAUAAUUUUUACUUUAUUUUGGAUAAGAAGCGGACUAUUUAAUGGUAUAAUUGUACAUGAAACCUUUGAUUAAUAAUUUAAUAUUCUUUCCAAUUGUUUUAACUAUAACUCUCUAAAGUAAUUGGUUUUUCUUUUAUUGUAUAAAUUGUGGGGCAAAGUCUAAUAAAAUAAGAAAAACACAAACCUCCGUAUUACAGCCAAUCGGAAAAAAAUUAGACAUGGGUUUACAGGAACUUUUUGGUUCCUUUUAGUGAGAAGAACCUACUAGCGAAGUUAACACGCUCAGUAUAUUUAACUGAAUAUGUAUUAACUGAGUAUAUUAACUCCCAUGGAAGGUGUCUCAAAUUGAUUACGGAAGAACGGCUUAGCGUACAAGGAUGAAAUAAAACUAUUUCCCGCUAAAUCAACCCCAAGGAAUAACGUAAAAAUAUUUUUUCCCCGAUACAGGGUGUUCCAAAAACUGAGGGUCACUAGUUUGAAUUUUCAAAUGUCAACAUAUGUCAUGUUAUGAAUCAUUUUAAAGGUAUUUAAUAGGCAAAUAUUUUGGCGAAAACAGAAAUGAAUUAUCUUUUUCCAUUUUGAAAUGGCGGUAGUUUAUUUUGAAAAAAUCAUUAUGUUUUUAAUAUUCAGUGUUUCCUAUACCAAUGCACUUAGCCCUUCUCCGGUUGAAAAUUUUGAACAAUGAGAAUUUACAAAUGUUCAAAAAUCAUUUUUUUGGGGAAUUUUUAUAAAUUAAAAAAAACGUUACUUGUAGCAUAUCAAAGUAAAGCUAAUUUCAUAACAAGUAAGAAAGUUCAACCGGAGAAGGCCUAAGUGCAUUGGAACAAUUUUUGGAACACCCUCUAUCGGGAAAAGUUAAAAUAUUUUUACGUUAUUCCCUGGGGUUGAUUUAGUGGGAAAUUUUUAUUCCAUCCUUGUACAUUAAGCCGUUCUUCCGUAAUCAAUUUGAGACACCUUACGUGGGACACCCUAUUCAAUAUUCAUACAUUAGUGUGUCCUUUAAUAAAAAUGAUAACAUUUUUAUGAAAUUUUGUACUAACAAGUAAACCUACGUUAAUUCAAACGAUUUUGCGAACCAACAUGAUCGGACUAUGGGAACAGGGAUUUAAAUAUAGGGUUUUAUGGGGUAAAAAUUAUUUGGUUUUUCAAUUUUUUUACUCUAAAAACAAAUAAUUUUGUAAUUUAUUUCCAAACCAUUUUUGUAGAGCUUAAAAGUCAAAUAAUUUAGUAGCGUUCUUAUGCGCUUAAUGGUUAUGGAAAAAAUUUGUUAACUUAUAAUUCCAAUGUUAUUCUUAUGGUAGCCUAUAUAAGUAAACUGUUGUAGUUUGCUUGUUUAUGAACAUUAUGUUGAUCAAAUACAGAAAAUUUGUUCAUUUCAUAUUCAUUUAUUAACAUUUCACUAAAAAAACACUAUUUAUUACCUUCCCAUUUGAGGAGAUAAUUUAUUGAAAACAUAAUCAGGCAAAUGGAAAUUCUCUUAGACUUCAAGUUUGCUGCAGCGGGGCUGUUUUGGUUUUCUAAAGAUCAGAUUUCCUUUAAUUUUUUAUCUAUCUAUACUAUUAUAAAAAAGAGGUGGUUGCUGUAUGUGUGUAUGGGAAAAGUAAACUCGAAAAAUACUGGUCGGAUUGGGCUGAAAUUUGGCAUGAUGAUAGCUCACAUUCCCGAUUAACAUAUAGGCAUAUUCUUAUUUCAAAAAUCCUUUCGGGCUCCGCCCCAGUGGCUCUGGAGUUUACCAUGUUAACCUUAUGAGAAAUGGAAUUAUUGAAUCUUAACAGCUGUUUCAAUUAAACAAGUUGGUUCUGUUCUAUGAUGUUCAAUAGCAUUAAAGUUACAAGGAUUACCAACAGGGUGCAGCACUAUUAUUUCUUUUACAUUUAUGACAACAGCUAAUUUGCAACCAAAAGGUGAGUGAGCGUAGCGAACAAACUUCAACCAGGACGUGAUUGAGCCAUGCGAACGAGAUAAUCUUGAAAAUUAAGAAGUUAAACGGGGCAAAGCCCGCGGGUUACAGCUAGUAAUUCUAUAAAAGUUGAUAUCUGACGUACUGGAAAGUUAAUUUCAAACAUACUCUUUGAGCUUGUGAAACUCCCACCAGUGUCUUAUUAACAUAAACAAUGAAUUACCAAUAACACUACUAUGUAAUAAUACACAGCUGAUUGGCAAUAAAGUACCUAAUGAAAACAGGGAUACCAACAUAUGAGCUUGUAACGUCCUAGUGUCCUACAGUACUUUUAAUUUGGUCGUGUUUGAAAAACACCCUGUAUUAUAGAUUUAUAGCCAUUCUUAGUACUAAUAGAGCAAAUACAUUCUUCAUGUAUUUUCUUAAUAUCUUGUAAUGUUUUCCAAGAAUGGUGCCGUUUUUAUGGUGCUUCUUGAAGGGAAAGUCAAAUUGCACAUAACGAUGCUGAUUACUUUGUUUUUUUGUUUUUUUUUUAGAUGUGUAAUAGUGUUAUUGAUUGUGAUGUUAUAUUUGUUCUUUGUUAAUUAGUCUUAGAAAUUGUUAUAAAGCUUUUAAACAGGAUUUUUUAUGUACUUAAUAUAUACUUUAUGACUAUGAAUUUUACCUUUGUUUCAAACUAGCUUACAUCAAUCAAUAAAUGUAAUCAACACUGUUUUCAUUAAUAA